AUGAAAACAAACACGGUUCUUUCUCCUGGAAUCUUUCCAUUGUUGCUCCAGCUUGGUGUAGCUGCACAUCCAUUCGAAAUAUAUCCAAAAUUGCAUUACGAAAACAAUAUGCAUAUUAUAACAACAGCCGCUUUAGAUAUUAUUGAACGGAUACCAGAUGGAGAAGAAGUUUCAAUAAUAUCUGUUCAAGCAAACCGAGUUGCAAUGCCACUUACAGUAUGCAAUUUCACUCACUCAAGCAGACAAUUCUAUCAAAAUCUUGAGUUCGUUUUUACUGGCACAGCCAAAAUGCUUCUCAAAAAACCAGAACAAACCAAAAUAACCAUCUUCUUAUCUGGUUAUUGUGAAGAUGAAGACAAUUCGGACGAAGAAGAAGAGGAGGAGGAAACAAGCGAAGACCCAGACGAUAUCCAGUUCAUUUCCAUCCGUAAAAAACAUUAA